AUGGGGAAGAUAGCCGUCUUAGUUGUCGUUGUCGCGACGCCGAAUUCUCCCAAUUUUUCCUCGACUGGGAGACCUUUGACCGAAACCACUCUAUCGGCCGAGAAAGAACGCCCAGGAGGUCUCGCACUCGACAGGAUCUUCUUGCCGCUGCGGUCCGUGGGUGCUGGACUACCAGGGAUUAGCGUCGACGGUCUCGGCGGUAUCAUCGAAUCCGCCCAUGGUGUCUUCCACUCUGUUCGUCGCCUCGACUUUAUGGAGGCGGAACGCACCAUGUACUUCAUGCCGAGUCCUGGUAUCGAGAUGCCUCAGACAUUACACCAACGCGAUUUUGAACGGUACGAGAACGAGCUUUUUGACUUGAGCAAGUACAACGGGACAUCCGGCUAUCUCACCGCGAUGGCCUGGACCGAGGAAGCCUUGUCAGGGUCCAUCACCCUCUACCGGGUCUUAUUUGGGGAGGAAGGCGAGACAGUGGGCAUUCGACCCGUUGCCGCCAUGCGUGAUGUCCCGAGCCCGGUCCUCGCCCGGAUGAGGACCGACGAGCGAAUCAAGCGCAAGGCCGUUGUGACCUUGAUUGACGAUGAUGACCGGACGUUCGACUGGAAGUCAAACCCAAGCACAAAACCAAGAUACGUCAGGCUUCCGUCUCCCUUCCAGCCACCGAGUCGCAGUCACAGCAGGCAUGGAGGCGGACGCCUGGCAGAUGGUGAUGGUGUCUGUGCUACGAUCCCGCAAUUCUUUGCGCUCCUGCACGCCCGCGGAUCCAUUCUCGAGCACGUCAAUUCCGCUCAAAUCACCGAAACCCGAACUGAGGACGGCAGUAUUAAACCGAUGGUCUUCUUGACCCAACCACCCAGGUCGAGUCCCCACGAAGGCAACCGGGUGCAUGUGGCCAUCCUGGUGCCGAAUGAUGCCCUUUGGGCAGAGGAAGAGAUCAUUUGGACCGGCCAGAACGGACUCGCCGAGUUUCGGCAACGGCAGUACUGGGACUUGAUCAAGCGUGCGAGUCGGCGAGCCACGAGUAAAAACAGGGGUCAGGGGGGAGAAAGUAACCAAGAUAGACGCUACAGCUCGGGGAGCAGGAGCAGGAGUCAAACAAGAGGGCGGAGUGGGAGUCGUAGUCGGUGGUGA